AUGUCGCGAGCAGCUCGAGUCGAGGAGGUGUACGACUCCGACCCCGAGGAAGUUGCGCCCUCCGCCAGCUUCGCCAACGACGCCAUCAUUUCUCCUGCUGGCAUCCCCACCACGUCCUCUAUGCCCACGAGGCCUCCCCCGGAGCCCACGCGCGAGAUCCCUAAACAUUAUCAAUGCUUGUACCCUAUAUACUUCGAUAAGUCCCGGUCUCGCGCCGAGGGCCGCAAGGUCGGCGCUGAACUGGCCGUCGAGAACCCAUUGGCUCGAGACAUCGUCGAUGCAGUGCAGAUGAUGGGGUUGACCGUGGGCUUCGAGCCGGAGAAGUUGCAUCCCAAGGACUGGGCCAACCCUGGUCGUGUGCGCGUGAUGCUGAAAGACGAGAGUGGCCAAUUGGUCAACCCGCAAAUCAAAAACAAACACCAUCUAUACAUCCUUGUGGCGCAGUACCUCAAAGCUCACCCAACUACCGAAGAAUCGCCCUACCGGUUGAGAAUCAGAGGACUUCCGGUCCCCGAGAAACUUCCCGGCGCUCCCCCCGCUCCCCGGGGCUGGAAGAUCGGAAAGAUUCUCCCCAUCCACUCCCCUGCCUACAGCGGUGGCGGUGUUAGCGAUAACCCGCUCAAGGACGCCAUGGCUGAGAUGCAGAACAUGCAGGGCAUGCCCGGUAUGCCUGAGAUACCCGGAAUGGCGGAUCUGGCAAACAUGAUGGGCGGCUUAGGAGGUCUGGGUGGCUUGGGUGGCGGCAGCCCUGCCGCUCCCAGCGGCAGUGAAAAGAAGAAGAAGGACAAGAAGAAGGGCAAGGCUUAG